ACCGAUUGGGAUUUGAAGUCUCGCCCAAAAAUGGCUGUGCAGAAACAGUUUUGGAGAUGUGUCGAUCUUCUCACCUAAUUAAUGUGGCGCAUGCUCCAAAUUAACCAAGAGUCCUCUGAUCGAGCCGGAGGACAUUUCUGGAAGGUGAGCGGAGGGCUGUGGAAGGAGAAGAGGAGGAAGAAGAGGAUUGUGGGCCAUCUUGGGGCAGAGACACUGAAGAUUCUUUGGGAUCUUCAGUGACAGUGUGGCAGACAUGAAAACCCAAGAGCAUCGUUCCAGCCCUCUGAAAUCACACACACAGAUGUGCAUUAGGAAGCAUGAGGAGGUAUAAGACUUAGUGAGCUGCAACAUGAACAAGAGCAGUACACCGAGCUCGAAUCAAAGAGGGCUCAAACCCUUUGCCCAAGGGUGAAUUGGCGAUGCACGUCCCCACUCCCAAAUGAAGGGUCUCCAGUUUCGCAGCAUUGCUCCCAAAGCCCCUGUAGUGGUUCCAUCAUCAGCAGUUCUAUCCUGCCAGCCUCCCUCAGCCCUUCCAGAAGCACCCACAGCUGUCAGCCCCAAAUCCAUCCUUGUCCCUGCCCAGAACUACGCACUCAUGCAGGUGGCUGGACAAGAGGGGACCUUCUCAUUGGUGGCCUUACCUCAGGCACAACAGCAACAGCCAAUCCAGAAGAACCUUAAGCUGCCUAUUCCUAGAUACCAACCAAUGAGAAGCAAGAGCGCUCCAGAAAAAGGCAGUAGCAAGAUGCUGAGUCCAGCCAAGGUUUCUGCAACCAUACAAGCUCAAACAUCUGCUAUGAAAUCAGACCAGAGUUCAGACCCAGUACCUGAGCAGCUUGUUGUGAUUGAUGUUCCUACUUCGACUGAAAUCAAUGUUGCACCCUUGCUCCCAGGUUCACAGACAGAUCGAAAAGUGGAACAAAAAUGCGAUGCCAGUCCACUCAAAAGCCAGCACUAUCCUUCUGGAACCUCCCUUGUUGCCCCUGUCAAGAAAAUCUCACCAGUUAAACCCCAAGUAGAGGGUCAAGCCUCGGCUGGCAGUGCCAUCACAGUCCUCUCACCCACUAUCUUUAGCAAAGCUGUUCAGAUCAUUCCAUCUCCACCCAAGGGCAAGCUGCCCAUCUUGCCAUAUGCCAAGGUGAAGAACUCCCUCCUGGCACCAACCAGCCUUGCCAGCACCCCAUUCUCAGACAAGCAGACUGUAAGUGGAGCCAUAAGCAGCCUGAAAAUCCCUCCAGACACCAAAAUCAAGUCCACAGACAGCAAAGUUGAAUGUGAAAGCCUAAGCCAAGACCACAGCAACACCCAAAUCAAGAAACCUCCAGGCAAGAAACGGGGGAGGAAGAGGAAAACCACAGAGGAUAUUCUAGCCUUCGAGGCUCGAAAGAAGAGAUCCUUGUCAUUUUUCAGAAGGAGGGUGCCUGAUAAACCUCCAGUUGGUGUGUGGAAUUCUGCCUCUCAAGAGAAGUUGUUGGACAUAUCCAAAAAGUAUCGGAGUAUUCGUCCCAAGCCGGUACAGGUAAUGGAAACCGCUAUUCCGCAACUUGUUCCACUUCCUUCCUUGUCAACAUCAGAAAACCUUGAUCAGGAGCAGCUCUUAUUAGGACAGCAGAUAUCAGGAAAACAGUCUUCGCAAGCUACUGCAGUAGAUUGUAAAGGCGGUGGGGUAGUGAUUUACUCAGGAAGUCGUCCUCUGCACCGGUGUCCUACCUGCAACAGGUGUUUCCAGUUCAAGCAUCACUUGCAGAGCCACAUGAACAGCCACAGUAACCUGCGGCCUUAUGUCUGCCCGGUAUGCAGGAAGGCUUAUGCUCACUCGGGCAGUCUUAGUACUCACAUGAAACUGCACCAUGCGGAAAGCAGGCCCCGAAAGAGCCUUUGCUGUGAAUUCUGUGAGAAGUCAUUUGGCUAUGUGGGUGUCUACUUUAGCCACUUGAGAGAAGUGCACCGGGUGAUACUCACCGUUGAACCGUCCAUCAGUCAACACGAAGAAAACAUGUCUGUAGAAGAGUCUUCAGAAGCUGAUGAACAAUCCUCAGAACAGCAUGUUGACCCAGUCGAGCUACAAAUUAAGUGUGGGCGCUGCCAGGCCAUCACCCCUACCUUUGCUGACAUGAAGCUGCAUUUAUUGUACGUGCACGGAGAGGAGGUCCAGGUGCGACUGAGGGAUGGGGCGAUGCAUGGGGGCCGUGAAGCAGAGGAUGAACUGGUCAAGCAUGCAGCACACUACUGGAGGCAGCUCAAUGAGAAACGCAACCUAGUGCACUGCGGUCCCUGCGACGAGGAGUUCUCCUUUUCCAAGCUCAAACGACACCUCCAUUCUAACCAUCAAGAAGAUAGAGAGAGUCAAGAAGAAGAAGAGGAGGAGGAGGAAGAAGAGGAGAUGAUUGGUAAGGAGGGCCAUGUAUUAAGGGGCCUCAGUAAAGGUAUAUCCCUGAGGGUGGGGUCUCACUUCAACUGCAUCCUUUGCAGUAAGGUGUUUAAUAAGAAACAGGACGUUAUUGAGCAUUGGAGGGCACAGCACAACUGUGAAAAUCCCACCCUUUUAUGGGAUGUCCUGGAGUUCAAAGGGGAGAGCAAGCUAACUGAUGGGCCAUAUUAACUCUAAAUGGGUCAUUUUAUUAUUUGCUUCAUGUGUCUACUGUGUGGUUUAUGCAGGAUGCAGUGAUGUAAAAAAAAAAAAAAAUCCACUAAUAGAUUUUUAUGUUGUUUUGUUUUUGCACUGUUUUUUAAUAUUACAAAUGUUCAAAUGCUUCAGUUCUGUUAUGUUUUUGUUUUGUUUUAUGCUUUGAUGUGUUUUAUACAUAAAAGCAUAAUAAAAUUCAUAAACCAUAAAUUCAAUCUUAAACCUUACUGUGGCCCAGGAGCAGAUGUAAUAUAACUGGCAGUAAAUAGAAUACCUUAGGAUGAUUAUCAUAAUUUUUAAUGUUCGUGGACACAGUGUGUUAAUAACUGCUUCAGUUGAGUGAACCGGGUGAAACGGACUAACAAAGGCUCCUCAAAAACACUUUCCCACUCCUUGCUAUAGUCUGAAUUCAAAUGGGGGAAUGAUUAGCAUGUUUGAAAUAUGUCAAAGAACAUUCAAAGUAACACAAAUUGUCAGUGACAUUCCACAAACACGUACACAUAAUCACACAGUUUCAGUCCUCAUUCCACAACUAAAAUAAAUACUGCCAGAAAACCUCUGCUUACUUUUCAGUCGAAGACAUUCAGGACCACUAAUAAGGAUUUCAAAUAUAUGAAAAAAUAAGAAAAUAAUGAGCUCAAUUUGGCCAAUCUUUAACUGUUAAAUUUAAUGUUAUAUAUAUAAUAUUUCAAAAGUAGUCUUUGUUGUAUUUUUCGAUGGAAAUGCUAUAUAUUUAAAAAAUAUAUAUAUAUAUAAUAAUAAGAAUAAUGGUGAAAUGUGUGGUGAUUUAUUUAUAUUAGUCUAUUCAAAAAUAUUUCUGUUCAUGAACAAAUUGCCAGGGUAAAGGAAUGUUAUAAAAUCUCCUAAUUGUUAUUCAUGUAUACUUGUAUAGAUAGAUUACAAAUAUAUCAAAAAAAAAAAAAAUACUGUAGACAGCUGUAUAUUGAGAAUAUAUAUUUACACAGAGACUUCCCCUGCUGUUUUGUUCUAAGAAAUUAACUAUGAAAUAUAUUAACUAUUACAGUGUCUUAAAUGUCUUAAGCAAACCUGCAGCUUUAGCUACAUUACCAAUCCAAGGUUUGAGCACACUUUUUGGCUGAUAAUUAAGCUAUGCUUUAAUCACUUUUUUUAAACAGUACAUAAAUGACAUCUACAUGUUCAUUUAAAUAUUUUUUUGUUAAAAAAAAAUAAAAAAAAAUAAACAUUUAACAAAACAUUUCAUUAAAAUGGAUGAUGGGACCGAAUAGCAAAGAAAUCAGCCAACAAGUGCCCAGUACACAUGGCAUUUCCUUCAGUACUGUUU